AUGGAGAGCUAUAAAAUUAAUGUGGACAAGGAGACCUUGAAAAAGACUUCAGAAAUGUUGGGGGGUCUCCCUUGUGUUCUCUCUCAGUCUAAGCUGAAGCAGUUAGAGCAGGAGGCUCACCAGGCUGCAGGUCAAAAGUUCUUGGUGUCCAGCAGUGCUCAGCUUAGACUGAUCCUGUUCGAGAAGCUGCGUUUACAUGAACUUUGUGGGAAUAAGAAGCUUCCCAAAACAAUCAAACAACAGCAGUCUACAUCAGAAACAGCUCUAUUACAACUACAGAAGCUGCAUCCACUGCCCAAAAUCAUACUGGAAUACAGACAGAUUCACAAAAUCAAGACUGCAUUUGUGGAUGGCAUUUUGUCUUGUACGAGCAAGACGUACAUUUCUUCCACAUGGAAUCAGACAAGUACAGUGAGUGGCAGGCUAUCUGCUAAACAUCCUAAUUUUCAAGCUCUUCCGAAGCAGUCACUGCAGAUCUCUAAGAAACAGUACAUCCAAGGAAAAAACCCUGACGUAGUGACUGUGCACCCGCGUGCCAUGUUCAUUCCACGAGAAGGUUGGACCUUCCUCUCUGCAGAUUUCUGUCAGGUGGAGUUGCGUCUCUUGGCUCAUCUGUCAGCUGACCCACAGCUACUGAGAAUCUUUCAGAACCCUGAAGCAGAUGCAUUCACCAUGCUGGCGGCCCAGUGGAAGGGUGUGAGUGAGGACAGAGUGAGUUUGGAGGACAGAGAGCAUGCCAAACGUAUCGUUUACUCUGUGGUUUAUGGAGCUGGUUUUGUGAAGUCCAUAAUGGGAAGGCGCCGUCCCCUCCCUCACAUUCACUCUGCUGACUGGAGCCUUCGAAACCAAGCAGAGAGACAGGCCGUCAACUUUGUACUACAGGGCUCAGCUGCAGACCUAGUCAAAAUGGCCAUGAUCAAAAUCUGCUCCCAAGUGUCUUCUGCCUCUUACACUGCCAGGCUGGUGGCUCAAAUCCAUGAUGAGCUGCUGUUUGAAGUGGAGAUCUCACAAUUAGACCAGAUUGCUGUGCUGGUGAAGAAGACCAUGGAAUCUCUUCAGCACAUUGCAAAUUUGGGAGUGAAUCUCUCUGUGCCCCUCAAAGUCUCACUGUCCACUGGACGGUCAUGGGGCUCAAUGUGCGAGAUGAUCCUCCCCUGCACCACUACAGCUACUUCUUUCUGAGUCUCCCGCUCUUCCUCGCCAUCCCGUUACUAUGGUAACCAGGCAGCUGCAGUUCCCAAUUCUUGUUUCUCACUGAUGUAUCCGAGGGCAACGGUAGGAGCAGGCUGGAUCGUACCAGUUUCUAUUUUGGGGGGCUUCCCUUUCACUGUUAUUCUGUUCUUCUCUCUGUUCAGAGGCUAGUAUCUCUUUGCACGAGAAUAGAAGUAGUUAAUAAAUCUUUGUUUUUUGUUUUUUCAUUUACAGUGUUUAUGCAUGUUAUAUUGUCAUAUAUUCUUCAAUAUAUCUGUCUACUCACAUAUUCAGUAAAUAAAUAUGAGCCUCUGUCAUGGAUGGGCUUAAUUUCAGCUGUAUUACUGGUGCUGCUAUCUGUUUCUCAGCUGCUGUGAUGGAACGUCUGUCUCCUGAUGAAUAUUAAUAAACUCAGUCCUCAUUUAGUGAGUCUCGCUCACUCCAUUAUAAACCCGUUAAUCUUAUCUCUUCCGUUUCCUCGGCACCUCACAACUCGUUUAGCAGCACCCACUGGCCUUUCUCUAAAUCUCUGUCUCAUGGGUACACAGUCCACACACACACACUGACCCAGAUUUUCAGUGUCCGUCUGUGGCGUCAGAUCUUGUGCCCCCUUGUAAUGCCCCUAUCAAUACAAACACGCCCUUGAAAAAUGUUCCAGUCUCUGUGCUUGUUGCUGUUGUAUUUUCAAAGGCUGUAACAGCGCAGAUGGCUGUAACCCUCUCUGAAUGUCAUGAUAUCACUGAAAGCCUAUUCUUAAAGGUCUGGCACUGAGAGUAGAUACAUUUUGCCAUGCUAGGUCACGAUCUGUUUGUUCUCUCUCAAUAAUUAUUGCUCAGUACUCACUGAGCUUUGGCGUAGAAGAUCCUUUAGGUUGUGUAAUGAGGGGUCAAUAAUGAGAUCAUGUUUUGAACAAAUUAUUUGAGCCUUCCAUGUCACUUAUGACAAGGAACUGUUUUAUGGCUUUUUCAUUUGCUAAAAUCAAAGGUCUCUUCAAAGGCCACUGCUGUCAAAUAACAUCUCCAACCUUAAUGCCAUAAUAAGAGGGAAAUACUAUUGCCUUUAUUUAACCAGACUUUGUAAUUUUUUAAUGUACAUUGAUCUGUUCGCAUGGCUUUUGAAACUUCAGUUCAGACACACGUGCACAAGCUUUAUGCAUCAUUCCUUUAAUUGAUACAGUAUGUACAACCUUUUCUUUCAUAAAUCAGGAAAACGUUUCUUUACAUCUUUACAAAGUUCCUGUGUAUCGAGAAAAUGAAAGAAAAAGAGAAAAGGUAGGAACGUAAACAGCAGAAUAAAACAAAAUCCAAAGAAAACCCAGGCAGUACAGUUAUUUCAGACUCAAAGAACCAGGUGAUCACUGCGACCAAACAAGUAAAGCAAGGCCAGAUUUACCAUGCUGAAAACCUCAAACCUCCCUUUUCUUUCCUCAAACUCCAUUCUGCCCAGCCCUCAUUAUCAUACUAAAACCAGUCCCAUUUUGUUGCUACUGACCCGCCCCCAUGAAUGGCUGCAUAUCAUUUCCCUGCUGUGCUUUGCAUGGGCUUGUUUCUAUAGUAACAGGCAGCCAAUGACUGAAAUGUGUUUAACACACUGACAAAAUGGGGCAACUAAUGUCAACUUAUACCAGAUGUAAACAUGAGCAUUUCUAAAGUGUUACUGCCAACUUGAGAAAUUGUUUUAGUGCCAUACAUUUCCAAAGUAGUUCCUGGGAUUUACCCAUAAAUUAACCAUAAUUUACAAUAAUUAGUAUCCCGCUGGCACUUUGCAAAGCUUCUAAGAGCCCCUAAUAAGUGUUAAGAGGAUGCAGGGACUCUGAAAGUUGCUUUUGCUGCUCUGACUGGCACAAAUGUGAGCAGAUUGUAUAGUUAGAAUUGUCUCAGUUUGCAGUUGUUUCCCAAAGUGUAUUAUUGUUGUUGUUUAUUUUUUGUAAACAUCUUAAUUAUAUUCAUAUAGUUUCUGUUACAAAAUGAUCACAAAAUGUCCCCAAAUGCUAUUUACAGUAAAUUACACUUUACAACUUUACAUAUAUUAAAAUGUUAAUAAAAAAGGUUAAUUGUUUUCAAGAAAAAAAUCAUAAAGCUUUGUUAAUAUGAACCUGUGCGUACUAGUAAAAUUGGUUGUGUGGUGUUGAUUUCUCUGCUUUGAUUGCUGUCACAGAUUGUUGGAGACUGCACUCCUCGUGAAUCAGGAGACAGUGGAUAUUUAAGACCAAACAAUUGUGGUUCAGAGCUUAAUGCAACUUUCAGAGUCCCACAACAUCACCCAGUCACAAAGGUUUCUCGCUUAUUUUUGUGGGCUUCGUAUCAGUACAACAUAAAAAUCCACCGUAAACUUGAAGGAUUCAAGAUGCAAGUAAACAUGUUAGUUGUAAUUAGAAUUAAGGAAAUAUAAAAAAUGAGAAUAUACAAAAAAAAGAAAAUUCACAUUCACACUUUGUCAGGCCUUGGCUUGCCCAUGGUGAUGUUGCUGUGCCAAUACUAAUAACAUCUUAGCGACUGUCACCAGUAAAGUAUGAGGGAUUGAACAUCAAUGCAGCAUUUGAACAUUUUUAUAAUCUCAUGGAUCAUGUUCUGGUUAUGUUUUUUUUCCGACUGUGACACUUUUCAUUAUUGCUGAUAAAAUGGCACAUAGGCUUGGUUUCCAAAUGAAUUCUACAAAGAUGAGUUGUGGCAACAUCUUAAAGACAAAUGGCAAAAUAAAGAAAUGCAGCAAACAUCUUUAACUUUGGCAAAUUUAACUUAAAAAAUACCGUUGAUACAUUGUAGUGGAUCAUAGAUAAGCACACGAGUCAAACUCUUAUUAAAAAAAAAAAAAAAAAAAAA